AUGUAUAUUCAAUCCUCCCUUGUAUUAGCCCUGCUACGUGCUGCUGUAGCCUAUGGCUACGCUAACCCAGGAAUUUGCUCCGGUGCCUGCAAUGUCCAUGACCCUGCUUUGACCCAGAACGGCGAUGGAACUUAUUUCCGCUUCUCGACGGGGAACAAUAUCUCCUUCGCUUCUGCAUCGUCGAUUGAGGGGCCCUGGAUUGCUCUAGGAUCCGUCUUACCUGAUGGCUCAUCGAUUGACAAUCCGGGGAGGUAUGAUCCUUGGGCCCCCGAUGUCCAGAAGGUCGGAAACCUCUACUAUGUCUACUACGCCGUCUCCAAAUUCGGUAGCCAAGAGUCCGUCAUCGGUCUCGCCAUCUCCGAAACAAUGGCGGCAGGCAGCUGGACUGACAAGGGCUCCACCGGCAUCAUAUCCAAAACAGGCGACCAGUACAAUGCCAUCGACGGGAACCUCCUGAUUGACGGUGACAAGAACUACUUGACCUACGGAUCUUUCUGGCAGGACAUCUUCCAGGUCACGCUCAAUGCGGACGCGACGUCUUCGACGUCUACUCCGGUUAAUGUUGCCUUUGACCCGGAGGGAACCCAUCCCGUGGAGGGACCGUUUCUGUAUAAAUAUGGCAGUUAUUAUUAUUUGUUCUUCUCGUGGGGAUCGUGCUGUGGGUACGAUACGAAUAAACCUGCGGAGGGGGAGGAGUAUCGGAUCAAGGUUUGUCGGUCGAGUACGCCGACGGGAGGUUUUGUUGAUGCGAAUGGCGUCGCGUGUACGGCGAGCGGUGGAACUGUUGUUCUCGAGAGCCAUGAUAAUGUUUAUGGACCUGGUGGACAGGGUGUCUACACUGACCCGAAACUGGGUCCUGUGCUCUACUAUCACUACGUUGAUACGACCAUUGGUUAUGGUGAUUCUCAGAAACUGUUCGGGUGGAAUGUCCUCGACUUUUCGAGUGGGUGGCCUUCCGUGUAA